UCACACCUCUGCCACCAAGUGUCUUACGUGCUCUUUCGCCGGUGCAACAACAACCAACGAACCCGAACACUCCGCCAGCACCAAGGAGCAGCGACGAGCAGAAGACCCCAGCCGAAAAAGGAGCCAAAUUCCCUGUUACCUGAGUGGCAGCAGUCCGAGGACAGCGAGCGCAAGAAGCAGAUCCGAUCGCAUCUCUACAAGCUGCGCGAGUCGCGACUUUGCAACCUCUACAGGCACGAGGCGGACCCAAUGUCGGAGCCAAACGGAAACGGACAUGGCAACGUGAACGCGCUGGCCGGGUAUGCGGGCAAGGAUCCGCUGGCCACCAGCCACGGGGACGCCCUGCUCGACCAGAACUUCCAGAGCCUCAAGUCGAAGGAGGUCCGCGACUCGACCAGUCCCACCCACGAGCUGCGCUUCCACUCGAUGACGCUCAGCCAGCCGAACACCACCGGCUGGGACGUGCAGACCUCCUCGGAGGUCAGUCCCGAUGGACGGGCCUACCGCACCGAGACUCUGGCCCAGACAGAUGGCGUGGAGAAGCUCAAUGGUGGUGGCCUGGCCGAGUUCAAGGGUCGCAACGAGCAGCGCUCGAGUGCCUCGCACCAGGGCGACGACAAGAACUUCGUGAAGCAGGCCUCGGACAGCUCGAAGACCCAGCUCCAGGAGACGGUGGUCUUCGGGGACGAGACCAGCGGUCGCACCGAGAUGAAGAUGAGCUCCACCUCCACCUCGUCCUCCUCCAAGGUGGUGUCCUCCUCGUCCACCGUGGAGUACGGCGACGAGCCGCGCUAUCUGCUGGAUAGCCAUGGCCAGGAGAAGCCGCAUCAGCAGCUGCUUCAGCGGGAGUGGGAGCAGGAUCAGAGGCGCCAAGAGCAGCGCAUUCAGGAGCAACUGCAGCGGCAGGAGCAACAGAUCCGCCAGGAGCAGCUGCAGCGCCAGGAGGAGUUCCAGCGGCAGGAGCAGAUCCAGCGGCAGGAGCAGAUCCACCGCCAGGAGCAACUGCAGCGCCAGGAGGAGCGAUUCUCGGAGAGCCGCGAGCAGAGCAACAGCACCCGGAACGUCCAGACCCAGCAGCACUACGAGGAGAACAAGCGCUACGUGGACAUGGACAAGGCCUCGCCGGAGUAUCAGCGCCAUGUCCAGCACUUGAUGGAGCAGCCCGGCGAGAUCAUCUCCAAUACGGUGGAGUAUCCCAAGCCGAAUGUCAAGAUGAUCACCACGGUUAAGCGCCUGCCGGACGGAACCAUUGUCAAGAACAAGCGCUACGAGACGGAGCAACUGACUCCCAGCCAGAGCCAGACAACCCACAAGCAGACCAGCAACCAGACCCACAAUCAGAUCCGUAACCAAACCCACAAUCAAACCCACAAUCAGCGACGGGCACAGGAUGUGCAGGAGAGUCAGGUUCGCGAUGUGGCGGACAACGUGGAGCAGAAGCACGUGACGGAGUCGCAGAGCUUCUCCUCGGUGAAGAAGUCCAGCCGACGAUUCUCCACGGAGACCACCUCGGAGACGGUGGAGGAGUACGAUGAUCGUGGCCAGCCCCUGUCCCGGGUGGUGCAGAAGGCACCCACACCCUCCCAUGCCGCCCCAUCCCACCACUCGCCCCGUCAGUCGCCGGCCAAGGACUUCAGCACCCACGGCUUCCCCUCGGUGCGUCCGAACAAGCCCACCCAGGAGUAUCCCUCCCAGAGACCCGGCCCCGCCGGCGAAGAGGUGGUGGUGGUGCGCUCGGAGAAGAGCCGCCAAGUGAAGCAGCAGACGAGCUCGCAGCGCACCACCGAAACGGAGGUGUUGGGAGAUGAUUACUCCCAGCCGCAGAGGUCCCCACAGAAGCUUAGGGAGGCACCAGCACCCAGCUGGGAGCAGCCCGCCACCAGGCGUCAGCCGGUGGAGGAGGAUUUCAGCACCCAUGGUUUCCCCUCGGUGCGCACCACAACCACGACCACCAGUCGCCCAGACCAACCCGAUGGCGAGGUGCUGCAGACUUCGAAGACAGUGAGUCGCAACCAGAGCGCCAAUCGCAAGACGAACACGGAGAGGAUCAUUGAGACGCAGGUGGAGCAUCCCCAUGCCCCCAGCCACUCCACUCCGCGAUCCGGAAGUCCUCGUCGAUCUCAGCCACGCGAGGAUUACGGCAGUGUGAGCUCGCCCCGCGGACCAGCCGGCAAGCCGAGUCAAUCGCGUCCCAGCACCACCGGAGGUAGUACCACCACCAAGACGACCACCACCUCGGAGCCACUGACGCGGCGUCAGCUGCAGAAGGAGCGCGAGGUGGACGCCGCCCAUCGGGCUUUUGCCGCCUCGCUGCGCAGCAGCUCGCCGGCGGACAGCACCACCUCGGUGGGUUCGCACCACCAGACGCCCCGAUCGAGCGUCUCCUCGAACCGCACCUUCCGUCGGGAGAUGCGCGAGGGCUCCCACGACAGCCAGGCGCCCUCGGAGUCGAGCAGGAUCAGCUCGACCACGGUGACCAGGCACACGGGUGGCACCACCACCACCAGCAGCACCACCAAGACCAAGACCACCAAGCCGCCGGUGAGGGGUCCCAGCGAGCCGAGGUCGCCCACCCCCAAGGCAGGCGGGAGUGUGAUCACCACCACGACCACCAUUAGCAGCACCACCAAGUCCAGUCCCAGUCCAGCACCAGCUUCACCCACAGCCGCCGCACCACCCACCUCAGCACCACCAGCCAGUUCCGCACCACCAGAUAACAAGCUAUCACAGUAUACGUAUACUACCACUAAGCCCGGCGAUAUAUUCUCUCUGCCACCAACUACUCCUCCUACUAUUAACAACGAACCAACACUAACCACCACCACCAAAACUACAACCACCACCACCUCCAACAACCAGAAACAACCUGCAAACAGCCAGAAACCCGCUCCUGACUCCGAUUCCCAGCCGAUCCGCAAGGUGAAGCUGAGCGCCAGUGAGGCAACCAAGGUGGUGGAAGAGGCGCCCUGUGUGCGGCGUCAGUACUACCAGCUGGGAAGCGAGGGGGAAAGCCCCGAGACGCCCGAGAGCUCAGGGACCCCUGCCAGCAAGAAGCCCCACCCAACGAGGAGGCCCCACGACGAGCCGGAGCCCCAGUUGAGGCGCAGCUCCAAGUCGCCUAGUGUGGAGCCACGUCCGGUGCAGCGGGAGACCACCUUCGAGGGUCGUCGCGUCUCUCAGCCGGAGGAUAGGGAGCUCUCGAUCGACGAGCUGAUUCUCGUCGAGGAGAUGAUCGGAGCUCCGGGCUUGCCCACGUUGUCGCCUAGGACUCAGGGUCCUAGCAAACCGUCGACCAGGGCCCAGAGUCCCGAGAAGCCACAGCCCAGGGUGACUCCCAGGCAAAGCCCCGAAAAGGAGAAGCCGGUCUUCAAGUCACCUAGCCCAUCCGAAAAGCCCUUGCCCCGUGCCCAGAGUCCCGAAAAGGCUCCUGGAUGGACUCAGCCCCAAGUCUCGCCCCGCCAGAGUUCCGAAAAGCAAGGGCCCCGAGCCCAGAGUCCCGAGAAGACUCCUGGAGUAGGUCAGCCUAGUGUUUCUUCCCGCCAAACUCCGGAGAAGCAAUUGCCCCGUGCCCAGACGCCAGAGAAGGCUCCCGGACUGCCCCGUGUGUCACCUCGGCAAAGUCCCGAGAAGCAGUUACCCGCGGAGAUUCCACAAAGAUCCCGACAAAGCCCGGAGAAGGAUUUAACCAGUCAGCAAAGACGAGAGGAGGAGAUAUUCCGCAGCACAAUUAUCACAACCCAAAAACGAACCACCAACAAUUUAAACGAAGAAUUUCUAACGAACGAACGAGAUAAUCAAAAUCAAACGAGCUACGAGAAGAAGCCCCAGGCCCCAGGAAAUAGCGAACCGAUAACAAUGCCACAGGAGACCACUGAAAGUCCAGAUGGUGGGUUUCCUUCCAAGGUCACUGAGGCUGAGACCCAGCCAGCAGAAAAGGAAUCGCCCACCUAUCGGAAGAAAGGUUUGACUCGUCGUGAGACCUUCGAGGAUCGGUGUCGCCAAAUUCUGGGUAUGGAGGAAGAUGGCGACACGCAGGGAACUUUCACCCAGCGACCGAAUGGCGAUCAGGAGGAUGACAAUGUAACCCAUACCACCGUGGAGACCAUCCAAGUAAAAAUCGAAGAUUGCCCUGAUGAUGAUGAAGAUGAUAAGCCCCGUCGGGUAACAGAGACAUAUGUGGUUCGUACGCAGCCCACGAUCAAGGUGGAAGAGGAGUUCCUUGUGGAUGUGACCGAGUCAGAGGGUGUUGAUGUUCUGUUGACUCCCUCGAAAAAGACACCACAGGGCGAGGAUGGUCCCAAACAUCCCAAGGAGCCAGAGAUUCCUGAAGCUCCUCGAAAGAAUCAAGAUACUCCGAGGACUGUAAAAAAGGAACAGAGUCCUGUUCGUCCCAAGGAGGAAGAAACCUCCAGGUAUCCCACAGGGAAAGAAAAUCGCAGAUACCCGAAGGAGCAGGACAGGCCCAGGUAUCCGACGGAGCCGGGAAAACCGGGUCAUCCUCAGGAGAGCCCAAGGAAUCCCAAAGAGGACGCCGAGACAAUUAAUCUCAAUGAAGAGACCACUAUUGUCAUUACCAAGCAGGGUUCAAAAUCUCCCACACCCACCUGGUCUCCGUCUCCCGAACGUAGAGUUCCGAUGAACUCGCGGUCUCCUUCUCCUACCGCCUCGCCUUCAGGCUCCCCUGCCUUUGGCAGAAAGAUCCCAGCCAAGCUGGAGUCGAGCUUUGUAACCGAAAAGAUCAUCGAUUGCCAGGGAAAAACCGUUGUGGAGAAAAUCAGCCAGAGGACGCGAACUCCAAGUCCCACCACGCCCAAAAAGGGCACCAAGCCAGCAGAAAAGGGGCCGGAGAGAGUACCGGAAAGUGAGUCGGAGCCGGAGAAGGACUCGGAACCGGAUACGAAGAAGAAGAACGGUGUGAGCACUACGAAAACCGAAACCGACCGUCGCAAUUCGCGCACCACCAAAGCAACGAAGCACCCAGUGGCGCCCAAGGAGCCACAGUCGAAGGUUUCAGCUGCAAAGAGUCCUCGCAAGGAUUCGCUGACGGGUCGCAAGCGGGACAGUUUGGUAGAGGAGACACGGAGCGCUACCACUACAACAACGACCACUCGCCAGGGGCGUAAGCCCAGCGAUACCAAUGGUUCGCCUUCCAUCAAGGAUCGUCUUCGCUCCUCGCCGCGCAAGCAAAAGACUCCGCAGCACACGCGGAACCCCACUCCAGCCCAAUCUCGAAACCCAGAGGAUGAUGUCGAUGGCGACUCCACCUCUCCGGAUGCCAGCCCCUCGAGGGUGAGCAACGAACGCCGUCGAUCUAGCAAUAUCUCCGUGCACACGGAGAUCAUCAUAGAUCACACGGCUCCCAAGUCCCCGAGAACGGAGAGGCGGCCCCAAAGCACCAACGCAGGCGUCCCCAGUCCGAUAAGAAAACUUCCGGUAACGGAGCGAAAGGAGUCGGCUCCUGUGCCCCGAGUAACCCGACGCGAUAAAACCGAGAAGGUCACUCGCUCCACCAGCGAGAACAUCAUUAAGGUGAGCGGCAACAAGCCUCAACCCGAGAUGAGUAGCCUGAAGCCGGGUGGAGAAAGGACUAGGCCGAGCAAAUGCUGUACCACCAAGACGAUCAAUCUGAGCGAGCAGCGAAUCAAUACGGCCACUGAUAUCGAGGGUGUGAUCAUCGACAUUCAGCAGGCGAAAAGCUCCAGGGAACCAUCUCCGGAUAGGAUUGUGCCAACUCCCGUGCCCGCUGAGAUGGAAACGGGAAAGCCGCGUUUUCCGGAUGUAGUGCAGGAGCCCGACGAUGAACCCCGUCGCAAGCCACAGGUCACAAAUAUUCCCAUUUUCGAGGAGGAGUCUCAAACAUAUGUGGGCUGUCAGAUAUCCGAGUUGCGCAGCUCAAAUGGCCUAGAGGUGGAUAUACACGACAAUCCCACUGUGGAGGCCCCGAAGAGCCUGGAUUAUCCCGUGAAUACACCCGAUACAGACGAGAGCCUGUUAAGUGUGCACGAGAAGGUCUCCCGAUUCACUCACUCGGCUGAAAAGGUGAUGGAACCGAAGGUCUCUGCGCCAUUCAGCAGGGAAUUCGAUACUCAUGCCAAGAUUCCCGAGAACGACGAGUGUCUGCUUAGCAUCAACCAGAAGGUGGACAAGUUCUUGCGCACUGCCGAGAAUGUAAUCAGGCCUCCUUCGCUCUCUCCUCGACCGGAAAUCGAGCGACCAGGGCUGGAGGAGAUCGAUGAGGAGCUUCUUCGGGACGAUUGCACCCUGAGUGUCUCUCAAAAAGUAAGCAAGUUCAUCGACACAGCUGAAAAACUGGCGCCCACCAUGCCGCAGAAGUCACCACGCUUGGUGGCCAACAUUGAGCGGCAUAUCUCCCGGCAGAGCGAGCCGGAGCGCGAGUUGGACGAGGAAUCAGAGCCCGAGCUGGAUCGGGAUACAGAUGUUGAGGAAGCGUAUCCCACCAGUCAAGUGGACGCGGAGGAGGAGAUAAGUCAUUCGGUGACCAAGAACGAAACCGUAAGGGAGUUCAAGCAAGAAACUAAGGAAACCAGGGAGACGCGAAGGGUCUCCAAGGAAGAACCAGAACGGGUGCCGAAGAAAGUACCCCAAAAAGAGCCACAAACCAAGCUCAAAGAGGAGCCAGCCAAGGUUCCAAAAUAUCAGGCAAAGCUACCACAAAAAGUGUCACAAUGGGAGCCUAAGAAGCAAGCCCAAAGGGAGCCUAGGGGGCCCCAAAAAGAUACCCCUUGGGAACCUUUAAGCAAGCUCAAGGAUGAACCUGAAAGGGUGGGCAAACGAGAACCCAAGGUGCCCCAGAAGGAAUCUCAAACAACGCUUAAAGAGGAACCAGAGAGAGUCGCCAAGAAGGCUCCCCAAAUAGAACCACGCAAGGGACCCCUUAGGCAAUCCGAGGAAGAGCCGGAUUUGUCCCCUGGAGAAGAAUUCGAUGAUGAGCCUUUGCCCAUGACCAAGACACAUACCACCGCCAUCGAACUCAAGCGCCGGAAAGAUAUCCUCAAUCGCCCCUCAGUCUUUGGACAGCGCGCACCAGAACGAAAGCCCAGUACCACGCCUUCACCAACUAAGAUGAAUGGAACUCGUGGCCGACCAAGUCUGAGCACCAGCUUGAUUGCUGAAGAGAAGAGGUCGUACAGAAGUCAGGUGACCAAUGUGACCAAGCCGGGUCCCAGAAAAACCACUCCCAUGUCCAUUACCCCAGUCCAGUCGCCGCCACCCAAGUCCACCAGCAAUUCCAAGCGAAUGGAGCAAAUCAGUCAGCAAUCAUGGGUGGUCCAGGAUGUGGACGUGGACGUAGAGGUGGUGGGACCAGCGCCACCAUCCCACAUCAGCGAGAAGCCCCAAGGAAGGAGUCCUUCCCCAACGUCAUCGCGAUCGCCAUCGCUAUCUCCCUCCCGAUCGCCCAGUAGACGCACGUCCACCAAUUUGAACACGACCUCCACAACUACAACCACCACCACCACUGAGCACCGCCACCCGAGCACCACCAAGUCAACUACCCCCAAACCGACUCCAACUAACCCAACCCCAGACGAACCCGAAAUCACACCCAUUGAAUCCCUUACAGAAAAGAGCAUCACCACCAGCUACACAACGAACACAACUGGACGCAAUGUCGCCAGUCGCAGGAACGUCUUUGAGCCGGCCCAGGACUCUCCAGUGGACUCCGAGCCCACUGGUCGUCGUCCGUCGUACAUGGACCACACGAAGAGUUCGCUGGAGCACAUUCGACGCGAUUCGCUGGAGAUCAACAAGAGCCACUACUCCAGGAAGUCCUCGGUGGAGGAUGACUCUCCUGUGGAGCCACGCAACCCCAAUGCAGCCGUGAAGUUCGAUGUGCCCAGGAAGACACCAUCGCGGGGUGGAGAAGAGCCAAGGAAAUCGUCCCUAAAGGGUAAGGAUGAGGACUCCGAUUUGGAGCUAGAAAUCGAGGAGAUCUUCGACCUGCAGCGACUGGAGAAGCUCUUGGAAACAGUGGCUAGCUAUGAAAUGCGUCGCCGCAUCCGCGCCCAGAUGCGUCUUAUACGCAAAAACAUGAUCAAUGCGGGCACGACUACCACUAUCACCACGAUUACGACGAGCACAACACCGGGUAAGAGCUCACCACUUCCCAGGAAGCGGGAUCAGAGUCCAGCGGGCACUGCUGAAACAAGGUCUAAGGAAGUUCGCAGCACCACCACGAGUCGCCGGCAGCUACAACAGCGGACGGAGCAGGUGGACAGCACCACCUCAGCCCCACCAGGAAAAACUUCACCCCAGGGAAAGCCGCCCGUUAAGCCAAGGGAAAGAAGUGCCAGUCCUGCCCAGAAGCGUCGCAUUAGUCCACCGGGAAAGCAACCGCCUGGAGAUAGGAGCAGCACCACAACCACGAGGGUCACCACUAGUAGCACCACCCGAGGAGCUCCAAGCAAACCCGCUCAAGGUCCCAUUUGGGCGGAUCGCUCCAAGGUACUAAAGGGUCAUGCGGCCGCGCCUCAGACCAACGGAAGUACUCCACGCACCACUUCUAGCAGUGGCAAGAUCACCCGCACACUGACCAGCUCCAGCACCACCACUAGUUCCAGCAGCACCACCAACACCCGGAGCAAGCAGCGUGAGGAGGACUCGAUAACCUCCAGUUAUGGUGUGGGACCCACCGACGAGAACGGACUGCCGCUCUUCGGGAUUCGGGCGCUCAAGAAGAAGUCGACGCCACCGGCAGAGGAGCCCUGUGAGACCAAGCAAGAAGUCACAGGCUAUGUGAUCGAGGAGCAGUUCUACUCGGAUAACAAGUCACCACCACGUCACGAGCGCAAGGAGCUUAUCUACUCCAGCAACGCUGACGAACUGGCGGCCAUAAAGCAACAGCUUCAGGAUGAGGACGACGGCUCGCCUCCGGAAUUGGAUGCGCGGGUGGUGCGCGAGUUCAAGAAGGUGGAGGCGCAGCAAUCGCUACCGGAGGAUGCCAGAUAUGUGCGUCGCGGAUCGGUGAAGGAGCUCAGCGAGAAGUUCAUACGCAAAGAGUCCUCCUCAUCCACCCAUUCGACCCACUCGCUGGUGAGGAACGAAGAUGAAACCGAGGAGGAUAGUGAGUCCAACGAGGUGUGCAGCGUGAUCGAGGCGCCCCAGAUGCGUCAAAAUCAGAGCCACAUCAGUAGCACCACCCGAUCCAGCAACACUCGAUCCUUCCUCAACAGCAGUGCCGAUCAGCGCCAGGUGACCAGUGUGGACGAUGUUCUCGAGCGUAUGCGAAAUGCGGAUAAUGUGGAAGAACCCGGAGAUACUAGCGAGGAUCGCGAGGCCCGUGCUCUGCUCAACAAGUUCCUGGGAGCCAGUGUCAUUAUGCAGGGCGUGGAGAGCAUGCUGCCACCCACCGCCACGGGUCAGCGUCUCAACAGUCAAGGGGUAAAGACCACGCGGAUAACCAACACCUACAGCAAAUCGGCCAGCAACAGCAACAACAAGGUCAGCAGCUCCAGCUCCUCAGCACCAGUUACACGCACAACUUGUGACGUCGAGGAGAUUUGGGACGAGCAAGUCCUCAAGCAAUUGCUGGAACAGGCCUCCACCUACGAGGAGCGUCGCAAGAUCCGUGCACGUCUACGCGAACUUAUGGCGGACCGCGAAGAGCAAAAGAGUUUGAAGCAGGAGAAGCAGAAGGAGGACAAGCAGGAGGAGGAGGAGAGCAGCGCCAGCGAGUAUGAGGAGAUCAUCGAGGAGGUGACCGACUACAGCGACGACGAGGAGGAGGAGCCGGCGAAGGCCGAGCUCAACAAGGAGGAGCCCUCCAAGGAGCUCGCCCAAAAGCAGGUGACCAAGAAGGAGGUCACCAAGCAGGCGGAGGUCACCCAACAAAAAACUGUCCAAAAGGUGGAGGAGAAGACCACCAGUCAAGUCACCGAAAGCGUUAGCAAAAAGUUGGCCAAAGUUGAGCUGGCCAGUAGCAGCAGCAGCAGCUCCUCGGCCACAGACGGUGUCCAGUCGGUUCAGGGUGAGUCCCUGCCAGCGGGAACAGCGGCCAAGAAAGCAGGAGCCGCAGGAGCAGCAGCUGCCGGAGCGGGAGCAGCAGGAACAGGAGCAGGCAGCACCAGUAGUAGCUUAGGUAGUAGGAAAACAGGUAGUCUUAGCAGUAGCCAGGUUAGCACAGUGGUUAGGGCCAGGGACAAAUCCAAGCCGGAGACCAUGCCAGCCACAGGAGCUGGAAGUGGAUCUGGGGGAUCAGUCAGCACAGCCAGUCGCUUGAGCGUGCCCUCGAAAGAGGAUUCCGGCACGGAGAGCGGCGAGGACCUGCGUUUGCUGGCCGCCGGAUUGCGGGACACCUUGCAGCAGCGCAGCGGCAGCGAUGCCAGCGAGGCGAACCGCAGCCUGGUCGAGGAGGUGACCGAUGCCCUCAGCCGCCUGGAGAGCAGCCUGAAACAGGGCAAGGAGCUGGCCGUUGACGGGGGUCAGCGGCAGGCUCUGCUCGGCCUGGUGGCCCGCCUCCAGAGUGGACUCAGUGCGCCCGAGAAGUUGGCCGACGAUCGAAAGGCCGCCGAGGAUCAGAAGGACGGCGAUGCAGGUAGUCCGGAACCGGAAACGGAUAGCCGGCAGUCUCGGUUCGCCAAGCGUCGCCAGCGAAAUAGCCGUCACACAGUUGGCGUUAGCCGGGAGGAGCUGGCGGAUGCCCGGCGCUACAUGGAGGACAUGCUGAUUCUGGAGGGCAAGGACUUUGCGCUGACCAAGGCGCCCAGCUCGAGUGCCGUGCCCGUGCAGCUCUACCGACCGAAUCAGUUUGUGGCACAACCCCCGCAGCAGCAGCAGCAGCAACAGCAGCAGUCGCAGCCUCAGUCAGUCAGUAACCCUCCAAGUGCGACAGCGUCCAGUCCCAGCCAGAAUCAAUCUCAUCUGAGACCAAAUACCACAAACAGACGUCCUCUUUCUGGGGACUAUGCCGUCAGCUUUGCCAGCUACGAGGCGAAUCAGAACUCAAGUCCGGAGGGUACUGGCAAUGGCAACUCCCCCAGCAACUCGCAAUCGAACUCGAACUCCAGCUCGAAUUCCACCCGUUUUGGCGGGGGCAAGAAGCACCUAAUGAAGCGGGCCAACACCAUCGAUAUACCCAAGGCCAAGGCCAAGUACAUGGCCGACUGUGAUUCGGACUCGGAUCUGGAGGAUGACCAUGGUCCGCACUUGGGUCUCAAGCGGGCAGUGCAGGUUAGCGUUAAGAGACGAGUUCACAAUGCAGUGCCGCCGUUCGAGCCGAAAACGGAGAACGACCACAAGUUCCUGGCCUUCAUCAACAAGCAGAGUCACCAGACUGGCUUGGGCUGGGGCGGUGCUGGUGGUAGGAGUGUCUCGAACUGGACCCACAAGUUUGGCAACAUCAAGCAUACCUUCGAGACGGGGGCGGCGGCCACGGCGACCAAAGGCAAGCCGCCGCCAGUGCCGGGUCAUGUGCCGGGAUGGGCCAAGCAGGAGCAGCUGCAUCAUCAGCAAUUGCAGCGCGAGCAGAUGCAGCGGGAGCAUAUGCAGCGAGAGCAGUAUCAGCGUGAGCAGAGGCAACGAGAGCAGAGAGAGUUGAGUCAGAGGGACCUAAAGCUUCAGCUCCAACGAGAGCAGCUCCAGCGAGAACAAUACCAGCGGGAGCAAGGCCAGCGAGAGCUCUCCAAGCGCGAGCAGUUCCAGCGAGAGCAGCUUCAGCGAGACCAACUCCAGAGAGAGCAACUCCAGCGAGAGAAGCUGCAGAGAGAACAACUGCAACGAGAGCAGCACCAGCGAGAGCAACUCCAGCGAGAGCAACUUCAGCGGGAACAGCUCCAGCGAGAGCAACUUCAGCGAGAACAGCUCCAGCGCGAUCAAUUGCAACUGCAGCAGCAACAGCAAGCCUCUGCCGCUGUGCAAAUUGAACGGCAACGUCGCCAGGAAUUGGAGAGACAGCUUCGAAUCGAACAGGAGGCGCGGUACGAGCGAGAGGAGCGCACUCGCCUGGAGCGGGAAUACUACGAGCAGCAGUUGCAGCGCCAACAGGCCGAAAGACAACAGCAGUUGGACAGGCAACGCCAGCAGCAGGAGCAACUGGAGCGACAGCGGCGCCAGGAGAUGGAACUGCGCCUCCAGCAACAGCGAGAACAGGCCGCCCAGGUCAACAACUUCAUACACGCUCCGCAGUCCGUCUUUCGACCGAUCGAAAAUGAAGCGCCACCGCAGCCGGGAAUCUACAAGCCCAUAGCUCAGAAAUCCCAGCCCAAUCCGGCCAUUUGGAAACCACCAACGCAACAGCAACAGCAGCAGCAGCUGCCACCGCAAUCGCAGCAACAUUUGCAGGCCAGAUCGGCAACUUCGUACAGCAAUACACCCUCGCCAUCGUCGACGGCCACUUCACCCAUCGGCUUGCCCUGGGUGGCGAAGCCCAAGGUGGAUAACAGCGACUUCCGACGCAAGGCGCACCACUUUGAAGAGCGAUCCCUGAGGGACAACCUGGAGCAGCAGCAGCCACUGCCAACCUAUCCCAAUGGCAACAGUGGCUAUUUGCAGCGGCACAACUCGCUGAGGUCCAAGGCGCCAGCCCUGAGUGAGUUCAAGAAGCGGCCAUCCCUGCCCAACGCCAUGGAUCCAGGAACCAGUGCACCACCGCCCAGGCAGGAGUAUCAAGCGCCACCGCCACCCACGAAUAUCUCGUUUGCCUACGCAGACUUUCCGCCAGUGAGGCGACCACAGGGUGGCAAUGCCUACAACUACCGGAGCCAACCGUGCCUCACAAGUGCCGUGGAACAGGCCGAGGCACUCACCAACCCCCUGGCAGCACCUCUGGUACUCACGAGCUCAAAUCCCACCUAUCUGCCGCCACCCGGGACCCGGAGGUUCGAUUACAUCAGCAGUCCAGUGGAUGUGGACGUGGACAGCCCCCCCAACAGUCCUACGAGCUUCAUGACCAUGCCCAAUCCCACCCUGAUGACCGACAAUACGGACGAUGAUCUCGACCUGGACUCGGAUAACAACAUGCUGGAGUACCGAGCCGAAACGAAGGUGAUGCGGAAGCCACGUAGUCAAACGGCUGUGCGGGUGGCGGAUAGAAGAAACGCUCAUAUGAGCGACGAUGAGGUUUACGGCAAGAACUCGAGGGCGGCCAAGUCGCUGCUCUACACGAUGAAGCAGCUGGGAGGUGGACCUGGUAAUCCCCCAGGGGCUAAUAGCAAUCAAAGGAGGCAUCCCCUGACGGCACCCAGUUCGCCGAAAUCGGGUUGCCUUUCGCCCGACGGUCGACAGUACCAGGCGCCGCUGGUGGAACCACUCUUCCCGCAGCUCAGCACCUUUGAGCCCAAGCGCCAGCCGCAGUUCAACAACUCGCCCAUGUCCACGCCGCCUGCGGUGAGCCUGCCCCAGGUCAACUACCAGGCGAACCCCACUUACACACCGCCCAGAGCCAGCCAGGAUGCCAGCUCUUACCUGGGUGAGACACACACCUCCUACGUGGUCACCUAUCCCGUGGACGACUCCGGCGACGAGCCGGAGCAGGAAUCGAUGGCCACGUCAGUGAGCCAGCGGCUGCGGCGCACUUCGGAGCACUCGAACGCCAGCUCCUCGCUGUCGCUGGGCAGCACCAGUUGGACGGCGAAUCCGGUGCAUAAUACUGUUCCCGCGGUGGGUUCCUUGGGGCCUCCAGUGGAUCGCAGCACCAAGCCGCAGAUUAGUCAGCCAGCAGGGCCGCAGAUGCCACAGCAGACUCAGAAGAGGUCGCAGCCUCAGCAGUUGCCCCAGCAGUUGCCCCAGCAGUUGCCUCAGCAGUUACCUCAGCAGUUGCCCCAGCAGUUGCCCCAGCAGUUGCCUCAGCAGCCACCUCAGCAGUUACCCAAGCAACUGGCCCAGCAGCAGAUCCCUCAGCAGCUACCCAAGCAACUGCCCCAGCAGAUCCCUCAGCAGUUACCUCAGCAGCCACCCAACAACACGGCCAGACAUGCGCCCCGCUUGAGUGCUCGCAGUCACACCAUCCAAGGUGACUCCGGCUACGACGGCCGACCUCUGCAGAGUCGGGUGAUGUCCCAGCAGACCCUCAACUCCAGCCUGAUCAGCAGCACCAAUAGCACCGGUCACACCACCGUCCAGAAGCAGCACAAGGAGCAGCACGUCAACGAGCUGCGGCGCAAGAGUCUGGGCAACGUCCUCGAGAGCAGUCAGAGGAGCACCUACUUCGAGCAGGAGUACAAGUCGUCGGCACCACCCGACACGCCGGACAUAGUGAAGUCCUCGCUGCCCAAGGACCAGGCCCCGCUGCUGAAGAAGUUUGGGCCACCGCAGCGCCACCACUACAUGCCCAAUUCGUACCAGAGUCCGCAGCUGAACAAGCAGGGUGGCACCACCAGCAGCACCACUGUGAGCAGCACCACAGUGGUGCAGCAGCAGCAGCAUCACCACCAGCAAAUCAAGCCGAGCAUUGUGGAAACCCCGGCGACACCGCAGCCACAGGUGCCGCCCGAGGACGAGAUACCCCACAACAUAGUGUUCAACAAUGUGAGUGCCUUCACCUCGAUGAGCAGGAGGAACCACGAGGAGGACUCCCACCAGGGAGCGCAGGCGGGAUCGCGGGUCAAUCGGCUGAGCAAGUGCGAUUCGUGGAACCAGAUCUGCCAGCUGCAGCAGGCGAGCGGUCCCAGUCCGGCGAAGUACAACCAGCCAGGAUCUCCGGGUGAGCUGCGGCGCUCCAAGUCCGGGCACUCGCUGGCCGUGCCGAAGCUUUACGAGGCGGGCAUCGACAAGGCCCAGGUCAGUGAGAAGCAGCGAACGGUGGCCGCCUACUUCUCGGGCCAAAAGUCACCCACUGGCGGCCAAGUGGAGGAGCUGCGCACCACCAUGACCAGUUCGACGUCCUCCAGCCGCAAGUCGGCCAUCAACCGCACCAAGACCAGUGAGAAGCUCUCAGCGGCAGCUCGAAAGUCCCUGAGCUCGCUGACCACAUCGAAUGGCAAUGUUUCCACCGCCGGACGCGGUGGUGCGCCCAUGGUGGGCGGGGGCCUCAGCCGCAGUGCCACCAUGCCGCACAUCGCCAAUCUCAAUCUGCUGGACGAGAGCAAUGUGGAGGAUGCCUUCGAGCAGCUAAUGAUGGCCCAGCACAAGAGCUCCUCGACCAGCGAACAGCGAACGGAAACCAAGUCCAAGGAUGGCGGUGCCACUGUGACCACAACAACAACAAAGGUUACCACACGCACCGUCAGCGGAAGUGCCGCCUCCAAAAACAUCUCGCCCUUGGCCAAGUUCAAGCAGCUGGACAAGCAAGCGGCCGCCCUGCAGGCGCAAAAAUCAUCUCCAACAACAAGCACACCCACGACCCCCGGCGGUUCGGCACAACCGUUGUUCAAAUUUACCGAUCCGGCAUUAAAUGCGCGCGCCGCCACUGUCAAGGAUCAACUUCUGCAGUGGUGUCAGCAUAAAACGCAGGAAUAUGAGAACGUCCAAAUAAGCAACUUUAGCUCGAGCUGGUCAGACGGCCUGGCCUUUUGUGCGCUGAUACACCAUUUCUUGCCAGACGCAUUUGACUACACCACACUAACCAAGCAGACGCGACGACACAACUUCGAGCUGGCCUUCAGCGUUGCUGAUGAGAAGGCUGGCAUUGCACCACUGCUGGACGUGGAGGACAUGGUGGAGAUGAGUCGCCCCGACUGGAAGUGCGUGUUCGUCUACGUGCAGAGCAUAUACCGCCGGUUCCGGAACUGUCAGUGAGUCACCGACAGCAGUGGCAGCAGCAGCAGCAGCAGAAUAGUCCAAAUCCAGCUCCGCAUCCAAGUCAACUCAACAGCAACAGCAGCAACUCAUUAAAUUUUAAGCAUACACCACACAUCCCCUUCGGCAUUUUGUGUUAAGACACGCGACCCCACAUACCCCCAUACCCACAACCUAUUAUAACCCCGAGAUCCCGUCGUCCUGCGAAUUUCUAACUGUAUGAUCGGCCUAUGUAUAUUCUUUAGCCGAAGCGCAAAUGGCUCGUCGGACGUGAGCAGCCGACUCUUUGUACGUUUUUUGUGUUUGUUUUACCCUUUUUUACUAUUAUUACGAUUACGCAUUAUUAUUUGUUAUCGAACUUGAAGCAGAAACUAUGCAAAUAAUUGUUGAUUUAUAUAUUUUUUGUCAUAAUUUUAAUUGUGGAGAGAAGAAGCAGUGCAGUUACUAACCCCUGCCGGCGGUCAUCGACCAUGGCUACAAAGUAUGUAGAGAAACGUCGCGAUGCCGUCGCUCACUUGAUGAACCACUGUAAUAAUAAACAUAUACUCUAUGUACGUACGUGUAACGAGAACGAAACAUUUACUAACCGAUGGCAUUGAAAGGCCGCAAAGAAAUCAAAAAAUCAAAUGAGACCCAA